AUGCAGUCAACGAACCCAGAACACACCCAAGGCUUUUCAGUCUCCAAUCCGUUUACCAGAUUCAUUAAUUAUUGUCCCCACGACGUACCGUGGGAAAAAGUCACCAAUGCCGAGGCUCUCAGGACCCAUUGUUUGAGGCGUGGACUUCUGGACGAUCGUGACGUUCCAGCACUCCAGCAACGCCUAAAGGAAUACCAACAAGCACACAAAGACGAGAACGAAGAUCGAGGUGUGCCUUGGCGGCUUACUCCUGAUGAAGCGUGGAUACUCGCCAAUGCGACCAGAACCAGGUGUCAGUUAAUCCAGGUUGUGGACAAAAGCUAUGUGGGUUCGUGGGGGCGUUGGCUUGAGAAGCGAUUCACCCUCCACACCAGACGUUUGGGUCUCUUUACCGUUAUAAUUCGCAAGAGCCCCACAUGCUUCUGCCUAGGCAAUCAAAAUGCGUUUCUAUUGGAGGAGCUGGAUUACAUCUUUGCCGCCAACCCUUUUUUCUACUUUUUCCCCAACCAAAACCCAGGGCGGGUGCCUCAAGUGAACGUUGUCCCUUCCCCGGCAUGCGUCAUCUGCUUCCAGGAGGCCGGCUCCAUUCCACUCCAGGAAUGCACGAAAUGUGACGAGAAGCACUGGGCUUGUCCUGAGUGGGUGUGUAGCCCCCAAAGCGAACCUGAAAAGUGGAUAGACAAAGAACACAUGGACAAAUCCCUUCACGAGACCAAGCUGGCAGCAAUGCUUAACUACGAGUAUAAAUCGAGAAGACACAAAUGA